GUCUUCUUUGCAGUUUGACUGGUGGUGGUGCUUUGUGAAUGACAAGAAGACGCAGAACUACUAUCAUGUGCCAGCUCGACGGGGCCAAAUGCAGCUUCCUAUUGUAUCUCGCCAUGAGCGUCAUGGUCUUCUUGAUCAUUUACUUGGGAGGGAGGUUGCCCAAGAAGCCCCCGCCCCUAGAAAUGCUACCUUGCCGACCAUUCAGUGCCCAAUGUGGAGUAUUUCUUAAUUCCAGCGACGGACGGAGAGAAUGGCAUCGACGUGACUGUCAGAUAGAAAGCUAUAUCACAAACAAUAAUCUUCAGUGCUCCCAUUUGAUGAGAGACCUUCACUUCAUCACAAGACCUCUGAGCCGCAAGGAGAGGGACUACCCUUUAGCGUUCAUCUUGACUGUUCACAAGGAGCUGAAGCUUUUUCUGCGAGUACUUCGUGCAAUUUACACGCCCCAAAACAUCUACUGCGUUCACGUGGAUGCAAAGGCUCCACAGGAAUACAAAGAAGCCAUACAAAAGCUGGUUAGCUGCUUUGACAACAUCUUCCUCUCCAGCCGCAGCGAGAACGUGACCUAUGCCGGAUUUUCCCGUCUGAAGGCAGAUUUACACUGCAUGGCUGACUUGGCCAAAUCCAAAGUCGGCUGGAAGAAGGUGGUGAACAUGUGCGGGCAGGACUUCCCGAUCAUGAGCAACCUGGAACUGGUGCAGUACAUGCAGAGCAAAGAGUGGCGGGACAUCAACAUGACGCCGGGGGUCAAGCAGCCGAUACCUUUCAGGCACCGGACUGAACGCCAACACAAGGAGAUUGUUGGUUCCCAUGUAGCUCUCAUAGGGCUGAAGAAAGAUCCUCCACCACACAAAAUGCAAAUAUAUUUUGGGACGGCCUACUAUGCACUCACAAGAGGCUUUGUUGACUUUGUUCUGAAGAGCCCCAAAGCCCGCGACCUUUUGGAGUGGUCCAGAGACACUUACAGUCCAGACGAGCACUACUGGGUGACGCUUAACCAUAUGGCAGAAGCUCCAGGCAGCAACCCAGAUGGAGGCUGGGAAGGAGCCAUCCGGGCUAUCAAGUGGCAAGAUCAAGAAGGAAAGGUGCAUGAUGGCUGCAACGGACGUUAUGUGCGAAACAUCUGCAUCUAUGGAGUAGAGGAUCUGCCGUGGAUCAUCAACAGUAAGAGCAUGUUUGCCAACAAGUUUGACAGCCACGUCUUCCCAGAGGCUCUGGACUGUCUGGAGCAGUGGCACAGGAACAAAGUGCUGAACCAGGCCACUGUUCCCUUACAGGCGUCAUGGCUGCUGGCCACAAAGAGCACUGAAGCAGCAGCAGCAGCAGUCUCAGCGAGUGUGCCGCUGAAUGAACUCAACGCUGGUAAACAUUAAUGAACUUUCACAAUAGUGUCCAGGUAGUUUGCUCUUUUUCAAGGGAGCUAACAUUCACAGUUGUCCAGGAAACGUAAAGAUGCACUGAAUACCUUGAACCAUGAUGAGAUGAUCAAUGACAACAAGUAACUGUAAUAUAUGUUCUUCAUUCUUUGUGUCACU